UUGUCUGGUGGAGACAGGAUGCUGACGGGGGUGGGGGGCUAGCGCUGGGACCGGGGCUUGGAAUGCGAGACUGGAUCCAGCUGUGGGUUGGCUGUCUCCUCUCCCCUGUUCCACCCCCUCCCAGCCACCAGGUGCUCAGUCUCCCGUCGGCGGAGCAGGAAUAAACUUUCCUGGCUAAGUUAGAUGGAUGGUCCCCAUUAGCCUGGCGGGCUGCCCCCUCCUGCCUCCCUGCCAACUCCCCUUGUCAAGGAAGGUGCCUCUGUGUGUGAGGGAGGCUGGGGGGCACGAGCAUUUGGGUGGGGGUUGGGGGUGCCCUGCCCCUCGAGCAGGAAUGGUGCCCCCAGGGAAGAAACCAGCUGGAGAGGCUUCCAACUCCAACAAGAAGUGCAAGCGUUACUUUAACGAGCACUGGAAAGAGGAGUUUCCCUGGCUGGACUUUGACUACGAGCGGAAGCUGAUGUUUUGCCUCGAGUGCCGCCAGGCCCUGGUGCGGAACAAGCACGGCAAAGCUGAGAACGCCUUCACCGUGGGCACCGACAACUUCCAGCGCCAUGCCCUGCUGCGCCAUGUGACCUCGGGGGCCCACCGCCAGGCUCUGGCCGUCAACCGGGGCCAGCCCACUUUUGAGGGCCAGGCUGAGGGAGGAGGGGCCUACCCAGGCCUGGCAAGCACCCCCACCUCCAGGGGCGUCAAGGUGGAGGUGGACCCGGCCAAAGUGGCUGUGCUGACCACGGUGUACUGCAUGGCCAAGGAGGACGUGCCUGACGACCGCUGCUCUGCCCUGCUCGAGCUGCAGAGGUUCAACCUGUGCCAGGCACUGCUGGGCACGGAGCAUGGCGAUUACUACAGCCCCAGGAGGGUGAGGGACAUGCAGGUGGCCAUUGCCAGUGUCUUGCACACAGAGGCCUGCCAGCGCCUGAAGGCAUCCUCCUAUGUGGGGCUGGUGUUGGACGAGACCAGGGACUGGCCUGAGUCCCACAGUCUGGCCUUGUUUGCCACUUCGGUGUCCCCCUGCGAUGGCCAGCCUGCCACCACCUUCCUGGGCAGUGUGGAGCUACAGGAGGGCGAGGCCACCGCUGGCCAACUCCUAGACAUCCUGCAGGCUUUUGGCGUGUCUGCACCCAAGUUGGCCUGGCUCAGCUCCAGCCUCCCCAGUGACCUCCUGGGGAGUGUGGGCCGGCAGCUCCGGGCUGCCUGCCCACUGCUCACUGAGCUACACUGCCUCCCUGGCCGGACAGAUCCCAAGCCCCCUGCCUACCUCGGUGAAUAUGAAAGUGUCCUGGAUGCCCUAUUCCGCCUCCACGGUGGCCCCAGUUCCCACAUGGUCCCUGAGCUCCGGGCGGCACUGGACCUUGCAGCAGUUGACUUGGCAGGACCACGGCCAGUGCCCUGGGCCUCCCUGCUGCCUGUCGUGGAAGCCGUGGCUGAGGCUUGGCCUUGCCUGGUGCGCGCCCUGGAGGCCUCUGCUCCCGCCUCGCCUACAGCUAGGGCAUUGGCCCUGGCCCUGCGCCAGUUCACCUUCGUGGCCUUUACCCACCUGCUGCUGGACGCUCUGCCCUCCCUGCAGAAGCUCGCCCUUGUCCUGCAGCCAGAGGAGCCGGACUUGGCCUUGCUGCAGCCCCUGGUGAUGGCGGCUGCAGCCGCGCUCCAAGCGCAGCGCAGCUCGGGUGGGGCGCGCCUCCAAGGCUUCCUGCAGGAACUGGCGCCCUCUGGCCCCGACUUGGGCGGUGGGCGCUGCACCUACCGAGGCGUGGAGCUUAUCGGCUACUCCGAGGCUGCGGUCCGGGACUUGGAGCGGCUGCGCGGGGCCUUCCUGGACUCCAUGCGGAGGGGGCUGCGGGACUCGUACCCCGGGCCCUCGCUGGACGUCGUGGCCGCCUUCGCGGCGAUCUUCGACCCGCGCCGCUACCCGCAGGCGCAGGCGGAGCUGGGCGCGCACGGCGAGGGGGCGCUGCGGGUGCUACUGAGCGCCUUCGCCCCGGCCGUGGUGCGCCAGCGGGCGCUGGGCGACUUCGCGCUCUUCAAGAGCGUGGUGGGCAGCCUCGGGCGGCUCGGCCCGCGGGCGCUGUGCGCCAGGCUGGCGUGCGCGCACUCCGAGCUGCAUGAGCUCUUCCCCGACUUCGCCGCCCUCGCCGCCCUAGCCCUGGCGCUGCCCGUGGGCGCCGGCCUCCUGGACAAGGUCGGCCGCAGCCGGGAGCUGCGGGGGUGGGGGCAGGGCGAGGCCGGGGAAGGCCGGGGCGACCCCGCGGUCAAGAUCGCCAUGGAUGGGCCCCCGCUGCACGAAUUUGACUUUGCGCUGGCCGCCGAGUUCUUAGAGAGUGGGUGGGGGGAGGGGCUCCUGGGGUCGCAGCUCACAAGAGGGCGGCCUCCUCCUCUCGGUCCAGCCAGCCUGGGGCCCUGGGCACUCUCAGGGCCAAGCUGAACCUGACUGAGCUGCGCUCAAAAAGACCCGCUAACUGUGGCCUCCGGCCCACCAUCCCGGUGCUUCUUCCGCUCCACGCUGAGUACCAGCCCAGCCCCGCAGGCUGUGGAGGAGGGGCUGGGGCGAUGGGAGCCUGCGCGAGUGGGCAGAGAUGCUAGGGUCUGGGACACCCUAAAUAUCACUCCUGUCCUUUACAGACUUUGGUGAGGAGCAGCUCACCCUUUCCCUCUGGACUUUGCCCAAGUUUUUGCCCUAGAAAAUUUGGGGGGUCUUGGUUGGAGGGAGGAAGACUGGGUUGAGGGGUUGAGGGAAAGGAGAGUGGGUCCUUGACUCUUUCUCAGCCACUCUCCUGGCAGCAUCUCUUCUCCAGAUGUGACUGGAGAGAAGAGCACUGUCCUUGUUUUUGACACACAGCAUAGCACCCUCUCUGUUUACAAGCUAGCAGUUCAAGGGGGGUAGUGGUUUUCUCCCUCUCCUCCCCACCAAUAGGCUGCCUGAGGCUUUUCUGUAUAUAACCAUGUAUAUAGACACAUAAAUCUACAAAUGUGAAAUAAAUCUAUCUAUCUUCAUAGUGUUAACACGCAAAUCUAAAAGGACUUCUUUUAGUUUUGCAAUGACAGGGUCCAAAAAAGUCCCAAAUGGACUGGAUUUAUUUCUAAUUUUUUUCUUCCUUGAAGUCUGGUUGUUCCCCAGGUGCCUAGCCCUCCCCUGCCCUCACUUCAGACUUUUAAGACCAAAGACUGGAAAACCAAAAUGCUGAGCCAUGACUGUGAGCACCGGCCUCGGGCCUGACCCCGAGAUGCCCGAGGGCUUUCUGCCCUCCUGGGGGAAGCAGUUGGGACCUCUCCAGAGCUGGGCAACAUAUCCCUUCAGAUUCCAGUGGGUUUCCCGUCCCUUCUGUCAGCCCUUGCUGUGAAUGGUGUGGGAGUCUGGAGUAGGGGUCGUUAGUGAGAGGGGAGGGGGCAGCAGGCCUUUCCCCAGAGCUCCUGGGUUUGGGUUUAAUUUGCAAUAAAGUGGAAACCCAGUGCA